CAAAUUCAUUGACAUAAUGCGAGAAAUUUAGUCUUUUGUUUUUGUUUUACUCCAAUCCCCUGAGAACUAGGCGUGCCGUUCUGCGGAGCUCUUCAGCAUUAAAACACCAACCAAAGAUGGAAAGCUCAAUGUCUGUUACCCCGAAGGAGACCCCCGCCCCCUGGCAGGAGGGUUUGAGUCAUCCGUUAGAGCGACUAUCGUCUAUGUAUGACAAUGCCGAAUUAUCCGAUCUCACCAUCACCUUUCCCAAUGACGAGCGAUCGCUGAAGGUACAUCGACUCAUACUAGCCAUGAGCUCACCAGUAUUUGAAGCAAUGUUCUAUGGUCCCAUGGCAGAAAAAGGAGACCUCACACUUCCAGAAGAUCCACCAGAGGCGUUUACAUUCCUUAUGGGAUACAUUUACAAAGGGAAUGCAUCUCUGCCGGAUGUUGAGAUGGCAGUCAUGGUGUACAAGCUUGCAAGUAAAUACCAGAUGAGUUCCCUUCAAUCUGUUUGCUCUAAGUACCUACAGUCACAUGUAGACCUGAAGAACUUGGCCUUGGUGUAUGAAAUGUCGUUUUUCUAUGAUGACUCGAAGCUGAAGCAGAAGUGUAGGAAAGUUGUGAGUGAGUCGCACGAGAUCCUGUCUUCACCAGACGUUGGCCAACUCUCAGUGCAGUGCAUGGAGGAUCUUCUGCAGCAGAAGCUGCCUGUCAAAUCAGAAGUGGCUGUUUUCAGAGGACUCCUGCGAUGGGGAACAUUACAAUCAGAAAACUCCUCAACAUCCGCCAAGUGCCCCAAAGGCCUUCGUCAGGAGAUUGAAAUGUUGUUGCCUCACAUCCGGUUCCUGACAAUGACUCUGGACGACUUCGUGGAACACGUGAUGCCGUCAGGGGUGCUGACACCAGAGGAGAGCACUGCCAUCAUGAUGAACAUCAAGCGUGUUCUUGAUAUCUCUCUGCCUGCCAUUUGCAGUCCCAGCAGAGAGACGAGGGUCUGCAGUCAGCUUCACCAAAUCUCUCUCAGAAGGGGGAACAUUGUUCUUAGAAUACCCACCAUUAUUUAUCCUAAAUGGGCUCUAGGGAAGUUUGAAUUUAGCUUGUUUGAGAAAGAAAUUUCCAUUGUCCAACUCCAAACUAAGGGUUAUGGGUACCCUAGGCACACACUUCUAAGCGGAUUGAAAGUUAGCAAGGAUAUUCUUGUGGGCUGCAUUGAAGUCACUAAUCUGGAAACUGUCAAUAAUUAUGAUGAUGAUGAUGAUGAUGAUAUGAUGAUGAUCCUUCACCUGAUAAAGUAUAUUUAGAAAUAAAAAACACUUCCGGAGAGAUACUGAGACAAAUGGCUGUAGUAGCAAACAAGACUGGACAUACUACCACUCGCGUAGAUAGAGUGACACACGUGAGACAAGUGAGACGGGGACCUCAGUGGGGAAGCCCAGAUUAUAGUUUGACAGCAAACAACACUGGACGUACUAUCAGUAUUUCUGCCCCUUUGGAAAAACCAUUACUAUUGUCUCCCAGAAAUAUUUACUCAAUUUCUUCGUCGUUACCAUCGAACAAUGGACAAGGAAAUAGUAAUGUUACACUGACAUAUGGAAAUUUGAACAUAAGUGGAGUUCUGUCAGGUGACGCAGGUUUAUCAUUAGCUUUUUGGUGUUCUAGUAACUUAUUCUAAUUUUCAGUAAGGCCAUCCUAUCUAUUUUAAAGGUACGUCAUUAAACUUGUUCCGCAGGUUUUUAUAUCAAUAUUAAUGAGAAAAUUGUGCCGCCUACUGGUGAGGGAGAGGUGAAGUCAGGAAAGGCACCUUUCAAACCAAAUGAAAUGAACAGUUCAAUGACUGUCAGUAGCAGCUUCAAUACGGCUAAUGAAAAACAUGUAACCCCGACUGUGGAUGAAGCUAACCUUUAGUUAAUAGGUUAAAUGUUGUAAUGUGGAACUAGAUAUCUAUAUCAGUAGGGAAGUUUGAAAUCAUAUUUGUGUCUGAUAAUGAAAUUUCGUAUUACGGUACUGGCAAACGACUUUGCAACGACGCUUAUGGAAGAUUACUUCGUGCAAAGAAAAUGUUAAAAUGACCAAUUGCUCUAAACAUCCAUCUAUCAUUGGAUCUCGUCUUCUGCUCAUUAAUACACGGGGAAAAAAACGGAAGUACAGAGUCGGAAGGUGAAACCUAGUGGGAAAACCCAAUGGCCCCAAUAGGAAGCAAUUAUUAGGGAGAGUGGACAACACAGUAGAAUCGAGACAGGAACCGCCGAAGUUGAGAAGUUGUUGUAGGUAAGAACCAAGGGAAGCCGCAGAGUAAUAUAUGGCAGCAGUAUUCCCAGACAGUUAUGGCGUAAUGCAUUUUUGUUUACAGAAUUACUGCAUACCAAUCCAGUUAAUGAAUUUGAACUUGUCUGAAUGUUCAUUUAUGAUGCAUUAAAAUUUUGCAUAAUACGUAAUCAAAUUAUAGUUUUUAGUUGAGUUAUAAUGCACAAAAUAUUAUAAAAUGUAUGCCUUAUUUUAGGAGAUAUAAGAAAGAUCAUUCAGUUAAUGUUAUCACACAAUGUUGUUUGUGUUAUUUUUUAUUUUUAUCUGUGAUUAUGCCAUUAAAUAAAUAUAAGGCAAAUUGGUGUUGAAGGAACUCAGAGGGUACUAUAGUAGAUUCACAUCACCUGAGCAUUUGAUGUCUAGGCCAGUCCCUUACGGUGCUCCUGAUUGUCUGUUGAUAAGCCAAUCACGGGGCUGGAAACUCCCAGUCUCUCUCG